AUGCUGCUGGCCACGCUGGUGUACUACUACAAGAUGGUGCUGCUCACCGAGAUGACGACGGAGGCCUCGCUCUUCAACACGCUCUACGCCGAGUACGCCACGCCGCAGAUGAUGGACUCGCUCCGGCACCGGAAGCUCGUGUACUUCCACCGCAUGGGGCUUCUCAACGACCGCUUCUUCCAGGAGUUCCCCGGCGUUUCCCGCACGCGCGAGUUUAUCCGCCACGUGGAGCCCUUCGCGCUCGGGUCCUGUCAGCUCUACCAGGUUCGU